AUAGAUAUCAACGCUUAUCAGUCUGAGAAUACUCUGUCUGUCUGUUUUUAAGAGGGCGUUCAGACAUGAUUCUACUCGUGUUCCGUGUUUUUCUGGUGUUUACUUUUCUUGAAAUAACGUUAGCCAAAACAUGUGACGAAAGACUUGAGAAUCUUGAGAAUCUAUUUGAUAGUCUUCAAUUAAAACUUGAAGACCAGGCUUUUGCUAACAACGGUUUAGGAAACAGUGGAAAGGAUGCGUUAAAGAUGAAGCUCGAAAAAGAAAAACGGGAUCUGGAAAGAAGAGUAGUAAGCCUUGAGGAAGCUCUAACUGACUCCAAUAGACAAAUGCACCUCCUUAAAGCUAGAGUCUCAGAAUUAGAACGUAAAAACCAAAAACAAGAAACCAGACUAGCAACUGUCGAAAUGAAUAAUCGAGUGUUUGAAAUGAAAAGUUCAAAAUGGGAGACAUUUCUUAACAGAAAUGCACAAAAGCAGACGAAACAAAUCGAAAUCGCUAAUGAAAAUGACAGUCCACCAAACCCUUUUGGAAGGUCUUCAUCAAAUGGUGAGGAUUUCUCAGAAACAAAAGGAGAGCUUCCGACGACCAAAAUCAAACACGAGGUGCCAGUUCAGGGAUAUUCACAAAUGGAUGAUGUACCAAACGUGGUAGUGGAAAAACGCGGACUUCAAAGGUCACAGAGUGUUUCCCCUGGUGGUGUUGCAUUUACAGCAUACGUAUCAACACGUGAGACUGAGUUAUCAAAAGACCACACCAUUAAAUUUGACAGCAUUGUGACAAACAUCGGCAAUCAUUACAAUCCCUUCUCUGGAAUUUUCAUUGCUCCACAACAUGGCGUCUAUGUCUUUACUUGGAACCUUUAUUGUAAAGCCGAGGGCUAUAUAUAUUCCCAUGUUGUCGUCAAUGCUAAUGCUGUAGGCGGAGCGUAUACAUCGGCUUAUGGUGCGACAGAUGUGAGAACUACAACAGGAAUCGUGGUGGUGGAGGUCAACCAGGGAGAUGUGGUUUUUGUUCGCACGCAUCCAUUGAAUGGUCACAAUGGUAAUCUCUUUAGUGGUCCAGACUCGCGAUCGUCUUUCAAUGGAUGGAAACUAUUCUGAUAUCAUUACAUUAAAGCAUUCAAAAUGUAAA